AUGGAGCGUAAGUUCCAAAGAGACGCCCGGUUCGGAGAGCUCUACCGUCAAUUCAUGCGAGAGUACGAAGACCUAAAACACAUGGAGUUAGCUGCGGGCUCGCCAUUCAACGAGGAUGAGUAUGGAUGCUUCUUACCUCAUCAUGGAGUCCUCCGAGAAUCAAGCACCUCCACCAAACUACGGGUGGUAUUUAACGGGUCGCAAGAGACAAUGUCCGGCGAGUCGCUGAAUCACCACCUUCUCAUAGGCGCCAAUUUGCUGCCCGCUUUAGCCGACGUGUUGACGCGCUGGCGCUGGCACCGCUACGCCUUCGUCACGGACAUCGAGAAGAUGACGGCAGAUUCUCAUCCACCCGGACGACAGGACGUACCAGUGCAUCCUCUGGCGUUGGCUCAUGACGAACAAUCGCGAUAUCCGCUGGGAGCAAUCGCGUUGCGUGAGGACACCUACGUGGACGACGUUGUCUCGGGCGCGAACACUCCGUCCGCCGCGAUCGCGAAACAAGCCGAACUCCGCGGACUGUGCACGGCGGGCGGGUUCCCGCUUCGAAAAUGGGCCGCGAACGACGAGAAAGUGCUGUCAGGAGUCCCACCCGAGCACCGACUUCACCACGAACCGCACUCAUGGGAAAACGACUGCUUUUCCACUCUCGGGUUAUUGUGGCACCCGAACGAGGACACCUUCGCGUUCGCGAUUCACCCGCGCACCGUCACCGAACUCUCGAAGAGACGAGUCCUCUUGGAAACCGCACGUCUUUUCGAUCCGCUAGGAUGGCUCGCCCCCGUGGUCAUUCGCGCGAAGAUUCUCAUUCAGUCCGCGUGGCUCCAGAGACUCGAGUGGGACGAUCCUCUUCCCACCGCCGACGCGCAAAGCUGGAAGAGCUUCCUCGAGGAGCUGCCUCUCCUCUCCCGAUUACGCAUCAACCGCUGGCUCGGCAGCGGGGACGAAGACGCACAAGUAGAGCUGCACGGCUUUGCCGACGCAUCCGAGCGAGGAUACGCCGCUGCCGUGUACCUCCGCAUCACCAGGAACGGCACCGUGGCCAUUCACCUGUUGGCCGCAAAGAGCAAGGUGGCCCCGGUCAGGCAGGUGACACUGCCACGGCUCGAGCUCACUGCCGCCGACUUGCUCACGUCUCUCACAGAUCACACUCGUUCCACUUUGCGUCUGUUCACAGCACCCACGUUUCUUUGGUCCGACUCGCAGGUUACCCUGAAGUGGAUUCAAGGACACGCUUCCCGCUGGAAGACCUACGUGGCGAACCGCGUGGCUCGCAUUCAGCAACGGCUGCCUGACGCUCAAUGGAGACACGUCCCCGGGAGGGACAACCCUGCGGACUGCGCCUCCAGAGGAAUCGCCCCUGGCAAACUGCUGGAGCAUCCCCUGUGGUGGACUGGACCCGCCUGGCUCUGCGAGGACCGAUCUCACUGGCCGAGCGGGGACCUUGUGAUGUCCGACGCCGAUCUGCCCGAACAGAGAGUCGCGGCACACGUCGCCACCGAGAAAAUCGAGGAGGAACCCGAGAUGCUUCUCCGGUUUUCCUCCUUGCACCGGCUCCUCCGAGUCACGAGUUGGUGCUUGCGUUGGCGUCGCACCGCUUCCCGCACUACCGCACUUACACUGCAAUCGACCGAAAUCAAUGACGCACUGCUGCUCUGGCUUCGCGUGGUGCAAGGACUGCACUUCACCAACGAGAUCACGGCCCUCUCUUCAAACCGCGCUGUGUCCCAUCGCAGUUCGUUAGCGAGCCUGAGUCCAUUCCUGGAUGACCACGGCGUGCUGAGAGUCGGAGGCCGCCUCAAGCAUGCUCUGCUGUCCACCGAUGAGCGACAUCCGAUGAUCGCACCGCCGUCCUCGUGGCUCACUCG